AUGAGUCGCAUGCCUCCCCCGGAAGGGCAUCAUGCGCACGCGGGCCCGCAUUCAGCAUACGAACCAUCAUGGCGCCCUCCAUACCCCCCGUCGUUCGAUAACCACCCCUCCGACUCCCGCCGCUCUUCCGCAAAUUCCCAGACACCCCUACCACCGCAACCGCCAGGAUACCCUGUGAUGCCCAAUCGUGAGCUGCCGCAGUUAACAUCGGAAGGCCCAUAUGGUCGUCCGAAUGGUCAUGGUCAUGGCCUGCCCCUGCAUGCGCCCGUACAUUCCCCGCAGGACCCAAUUCCCCCUCACCCAAACUUUCACCAGCCGAUGAGUGGCGCGCCGCACGAGGGCUCACCUGAUUAUCGCGCACGUAUGGGCUACCCACCCCCGGAUCAAAUCAACAGCGCCGAACAUACACCCGUGUCAGGCGUUCUGCCUCCUGCCUCACAGUUCAUGACACCUCAAAUGACGAGUGCUACGCCGCCUGCCGGGUACGACCAGGCAUUUUACCAAAACCCGUCGUUUGGUGCACGUCAGCGUAAGGCGAACAGAGCCACACAGGCUUGUGAUCAAUGCCGAGCUAGGAAAGCGAAGUGUGACGAGGGACGGCCGAAUUGCAGCCACUGCAAAGAGAACAGUCUGGGCUGUGUCUACAAGGAGGUACCACCGCACAAGCAAGAGAAGACUACCCAACUGGUAUUGGAUCGGCUCUCCCAGAUAGAGAACCGCAUGGAGGAGCGUUUCGAAAAAAUGCAAAAGCAAAUGCAAGAGCAAAUGCUCAACAAGCCGGGUAAACAGCCACAGACUAUCCAAGAACAUUCUGCCCUCCCACCGCCACCACCGCCGGUCAUCAAGCAGGACCCGCCCCUCAAAACAGAGAUGCCUUCGACCCAGGCCUCAACUCCAAAUGUUUUGGAUCCCGGGAGUCAGGAUGUAGGCACUUCAAAAUUUGGCCAACCCGUUGGAGCCUUGGACCCGAUGCUCGAGGACCAGAAGGAGGCCGAGGGAGAGCUCUCCAUCCCAGUGGAGCACACUACUGCGGCUCACAAGUUAUUGAUGUGGCCGUCCAUCAAGAGGCUGCUACACCCUGCAGUAUAUGACGAGGAUUAUGUGAUGCGAUUGGAAGAAGAGCGCGGUCUUAUCAGUAUAUACGGCCAAGGUGAGAUCUCAUUCACUGCCGAUGACAGUGAAUUACCCAUAGGCUCCAAGGAUACCCGACCUGGCGGUGCCCGACCUGAUGGGGAUGGCGCAGGGCCAGAGGCGGACGUCGACAUCGACGAAUUUGGUCACAUGAAGCUGGAUGCUACGACUGCAAAGCGCUACUAUGAUAGCUACAUCGCGCACAUGUUUAAGCUUCACCCAUUCCUUAUGGAGGGCGAACUCAAUCUCAAGGUCGAUAGCUUCAUCCGAUGCUAUUGCCCACCCAGUACAUCGCCGAGUUCAACUUCCAGUUACACACGACUAGCUCGCGAUGGUCCGCCGCCAGCCAAAAGGAGGCGGUCAAACGAAAACCUGGGUGUGCGAGGCGAGUAUAUGGAAACUAUCUCGAACCCGGUGCGGCCACGAGUCGGUAAAAAUAUUGACAAUGCCUUGAUUAUGCUGUGCAUGGCCAUCGGAGCUAUUUGCGAAGCUGGUGCACCUCUCCCUGGGCCUAUCAUGGACAAGAAUAUCGACUACCUCCGCCAGGUCAUCCCUGCUCCGCUGCCACCAUUUGCUCCCCCGCCAACAGUAAAUGGGACAUAUGUCACCAAUGGUGUGCUCUCCCCCGCAAACUCUGACUCGGCGGCUAUACCAGUGUCGCUUACGAAUUCACUGUAUGGUAUGCCGAUGCAGGCUAAUAGCCAAUCUUUCCCAUCGGCUCCAACGGAAAGACUACCAGGCCUGUCAAGAAGGGAUGUGACAAACACGAAGGAUGCACAAGGAAACAAGAAGAACUACCAGGCCAUCCCUGGCCUGACUCUCUAUGGGUACGCGACCUCAAUAUUGGGCAACCUGCAGGGUGGCAACGAGCUAGAACAUGUCCAGUCCGGGUUACUUGCCGGCCUUUAUGCCGGCCAGUUAGCCCAUCCUUUCCAGAGUCACAGUUGGAUUUCUCAGGCCUCAAGGGCUUGCCAGGUGCUUGUGAGAACCAAGCGAUAUGAGCGACUCGAAGAGGGGCCUUUGCAGGACUUAUACAACUUCGCGUACUGGACUUGUCUGCAAUUAGAGAGUGAUCUUCUCGCCGAGCUGGACAUUCCAGCGAGUGGCAUCUCCCGCUCCGAGGGUCGGAUGGCUAUUCCGAAAGGAAAAUGGACAAUCGUUCUACCAAACGAUCUUAACGCACCCCAAACGAUGAUGAUGCUAUUCUAUUCUGCGCAAAUUCAUCUGCGUAAAGUCCUGAAUCGAGUCCAUACAGACUUAUAUAAGGUCGAAAAGCAGGGCCAGACACGAUGGUCCUCCACCGUUCAGGAGGCUCUGAGCCUGAAUCUCGACCUCUGGCGUAAAAGCCUACCACAAAGCAUGCAGUGGGAGGAAAACGACCCACCAGCAAACGAAAUCAACGCUGCGCGCAUGCGUGCCAAGUACUACGGUGCCCGGUAUAUUAUCCACCGACCUCUUCUCUACCACGCACUACACUAUGGUCACACAGGUGCCCGCGUCGGCCCAGUCGGCCAGUCUUUAGUGGACUCACCUACCUCCCAACACUUGUCCCCCUCAAUGCUACACAGCGCUGCUCGGGCCCCGAACAUGGCGCGUAUGUCUAGUGACAUGGGCUCUAUGCCGGCUGCAGUCUCCACUGACUGGCAGCCUCCUAAAGUCCGUUUACACGACCUGCCAAAGAAGCUGAAAGCUGCCUGCGACAUCUGCGUUAAAUCAGCCAUUAAGAGCACGGAGGCUUUUGACGGUGUAGGCGGACAUCGAUUGGUCGUUACCAACAUCUUCGGCACUGCCCAUGCGCAAUUCGGCAAUAUGCUCGUUCUUUCUGCCACUUAUAUGUCAAGUCUAAAGGAGCUCGUCGAGGCAGAUCAACUCGAGCGUCUCCUCACACGCACAAUAGGCUUCCUCAUCCAAAGCGAAAACAUAUCCCCCACCCUCCGCGCCGAUGCUCGCAUUCUCACCGAGAUCCACCGGAAGAUCUUCGGCCGUCUUCCUGACAUGGGGCAAGCCACCAACAUGAGCAGUCACACUCCGAGCAUGAGCAGCCAUACCACCAGCGCGAGCUUCCCUUAA